AUGGCAGAACAUAUUACUCACUUACAACUAGUUUUGGAGGUUUUGCAAGUUAACCAGUUAUUUGCAAAGCUGUCCAAAUGUUUCUUUGGACAGACUCAGGUGGAAUACUUGGGGCACAUUAUUUCAGCAGAUGGAGUAGCUACAGACCCUAGUAAGAUAGAAGCUAUGAAGAAUUGGCCUCUUCCUAGAUCUUUAAAGUCUCUGGGUGGAUUUUUGGGAUUGACUGGUUAUUACAGGAGGUUUAUUAAAGAUUAUGGUGCCAUAAGUAAGCCUUUGACUCAACUACUUACUAAGGAUAAUUUUCAGUGGACCACUGCAGCAUUCAAUGCUUUUGAGUUGUUAAAACAGGCUAUGUGUGUUGCUCAUGUUUUAGCCUUACCUGAUUUCAGUAAAAGUUUCUGUUUGGAAACAGAUGCUAGUUCAGGAGGAAUUGAUGCUGUGUUAUCUCAAGAGGGCAUACCUAUUGCUUAUCUAAGUAAGGCCCUAAGUCCUAGACAUGCUGCCCUCUCUAUUUAUGAAAGGGAAUAUCUUGCUAUUUUAUUAGCAGUUUCUAAGUGGAGGCAUUACUUGGAAAUACAGAAAAGCUGGGUACAAGAUGUUGAAAACAGCUAUAAAGAGGAUAAAUUAGUUGAUGAUUGGAUUAAUAUCUUGAUUGUGUCACCUAAUGUUGAUCCUAAUUGGAAAUUAUUAAAAGGGAUACUUAGAUUUAAAGACAGAGUUUACAUUGGUUCUAAUGGAUCCCUUAGACUCCAAAUUCUUCAAGUUUUACAUGAUUCCCCUCAUGGAGUUUGUCAGCAAAUUAAGGUGGAGCAUAUAUCUAAACCAGGACUGCUACAGCCCCUUCCUAUUCCUCAUCAAGCUUGGGAGCCAUUUAUGGCAUUGUCUCAUCCCCACACUGCAGCUGAGGUUGCUAAGCUAUAUCUAGACAAUGUCUACAAGCUCCAUGGUCAAUCUAAGAUGGCUAUUUCAGAUAUGGAUAAAACAUUUACUAGUCUAUUUUGGAGAGAGUUAAUGAAACAGUUGGGUACUACAACUCUAUUCAGUACUGCUUACCAUCCUGAAAUAGAUGGUCAGACAGAUAGGUGGGCUAAGUGGUUGGCUCAUGCUGAGUGGUGGUAUAAUACUACCUACCACACAACCUUAAACCUAACACCUUUUCAGGCUCUAUAUGGUUAUAAACCUCCUACCAUGGUUUGGCAACCAGAGGCUACAGUGCAUUCUGUUGGUGAAUUUAUGAAAAGCAGGGAAGAAAUCAGUAUGUUGAAGAGGCAUAUUGGGCCAGCAACAUCAUCUUCGACAGAGCCUUCUGUGGUAGAUGAAGAAGGUCAGUUUCGCAUAGAACCAAGUCAAGUUUUGGGCAGAAGAAUUAUCAAUCGAAACAACAGGCCAGUUACUCAGUUACUCGUUCGAUGGACUAACCUAGAUGCUUCGCAUGACACCUGGGAAGAUUAUUCGGUGCUCCGUGGUCAGUUUCCAUCUUUUGAUCCUUGGGGACAAGGAUCCUCUCGAGGGGUGGGUAUUGUCAUGGUGGGAGGAGAAAGGCGAGAACACGAAUAG